GGCUGGCGGCCGGGCGGGUGACGCGAGAGGCGGAAGUGAGUGGCAAAGUUGUUGCUGUCCGGCAUCGGAGUUGGUGGAGUCGCUAGGUCUAGAGCCGGCGGCUGUAGCAAGGCCAUGGGCAGCUCGACCAGUCACCUCUCCAAGGAGCUGCUGACAGAGUACCAGGAAUUAACGUUCCUGACGAAGCAGGAGAUUCUCCUGGCCCAUAAGAGGUUUAGUGAUCUGCUUCCUCAGGAGUCUCGGAAUGUGGAAGAUUCUUUGAGAGUCCGAGUAUCCACUGAGCAGAUCUUAACACUUCCGGAGCUCAAGGCCAACCCCUUCAGGGAACGUAUUUGCCGUGUGUUCUCCACAGCACCAGAAAGAGACAGCUUGAGCUUUGAAGACUUCUUGGACCUCUUCAGUGUCUUCAGCGAUGCAGCUACCCCUGAAAUCAAGUCUCACUAUGCCUUCCGCAUCUUCGAUUUUGAUGAUGAUGGGACCUUGAACAAAGAGGAUCUGAAGCAGCUAGUGAACUGCCUUACUGGGGAGGGCCAGGACACUCAACUCAGCACCUCUGAGAUGAAGCAGCUCAUUGAGAAUAUCUUAGAAGAGUCUGACAUUGACAGGGAUGGUACCAUCAACCUCUCAGAGUUCCAACAUGUUAUCUCCCGUUCACCUGACUUCACCAGCUCCUUUAAGAUUGUCCUGUGAUGAGUACUUGCAGUGUCUGGCUACACCAACCCAUCUCUGAGAAAUUCUCUUCCAUGCACUGACCUCACCUGCAGUGCCAACUCCUUGCAAAUGGUUGCCAUGCCUGGGCUAGCCCUGGGGCUUGUACUGAGGAGUCCAGCGCCCUGGGCUCUCCUCUCCUCACUGCCAUUGUGACAACACUGUUCAUGUUUAUACUAAUCAAUAAUAAAUAUUUGGAAGUUUU